AUGCGGGCUCCGGCGAACCUCCUGCACCGCAGCACGGCCGUCACAGCCGGCCCCAGCGAGCCGUCUCCGUCUCCUUCCUCGCUGCCGCCGCCUCAUCCGGAGCAGCAGCAGACGGCGCAGGUCAUGGCGAUGGACUCGGACAUGGUGGUGAUACUGGCGUCGCUGCUGUGUGCGCUAGUCUGUGUCCUCGGCCUCGGCCUCGUCUCCCGGUGCGUGUGUGGGCGACGACGCUCUAACUCUACUUCAUCCUCCGUGCCUCUUCCCCCGAAAGGCCUCAAGAAGAAGGCCAUCGACGCGCUCCCCACCGUCUCCUUCACCGUGGCCGGUGCCUCACCGCAGUCAUCGUCAUCAGCGGCGGCAUGCUCGUCGUCAUUGGAGUGCGCGAUAUGCCUUGCAGAGUUUACGGACGGAGAGAGCGUGCGCGUGCUCCCGCGCUGCGGCCACAACUUCCACAUGACCUGCGUCGACGCCUGGCUUCGGACGUGCGCCACCUGCCCCUCUUGCCGCGCCCCCAUCGUUGUCACACCGGCUCAGCCGCCGGUGGGGCCAACGGUGGUCGUGGUGGUGGCAACGGCGAACAACAGGUGCAGGAGGUGCGGCGAGCUGGAAGCGCCGGCUGGUGGUGCGGAUAGCACGUUCUUGCCUUAG